CGAGGAGGGGGGGUCACGGGGGGGUACCGGAGCAGGGGGCCGGUCAUUGUCCCGUCCACAGUAUAUAAGCGGGCUGAGGCCGGUCGUGUGCCAGGCUCACCGGCUCACACGAGCUGAUCCAAAGCAAAAAGACGCAACAAGACGCGUGCCGCUCGUCCUGCUCCAAAACACUCGGUCCUGCUGAUCUCAGGAAACUUAAGCUGACUUCAGAACAAACCUGCAUCAUGGACUCCGUCUACUCCGACAUCGAGAGCAACAGCUGCGACUUCUUCCCGCACACCGACGAUGAGGAUUCCCGCGCCAGCCUGCGCUCCGCCUCCCCGGACUCCUCUCCGCUGUGCCCGGCGCGCUCCCCGGAGCCCGAGCAGCAGCUGCAGCAGCAGAAGAAGCGGCGCCGCGGACGCGCCAGAAAUGAAGCCACCGUGCAGGUGGUGAAGAAGAACCGGCGCGUAAAGGCCAACGACCGGGAAAGAAACCGCAUGCACAACCUGAACGACGCCCUGGACACGCUGCGCGGCGUCCUGCCGGCCUUCCCGGACGAGACCAAACUAACCAAGAUCGAGACUCUGCGCUUUGCGCACAACUACAUCUGGGCGCUGUCAGAGACCAUCCGUAUCGCCGACCUGCAGGCGGGAAAGACCAGCGACGCUCCUCUGCUGCUGAGCUCCGUGCGUCUCGGAGAGGCCCCGAGUCCCGGCAGUGACGCCUGCUCCUGGAGCUCCAGCGGCUCCUCGUCCUCCUCCUCCCCGUCUUACUGCGCCUCCAGCCCGGGCAGCCCCGCCGGGCCGGAGGACUACAGCUACCUGCAGCAGGACGCUCUGUACGGCUUCCGCAGCUUCGUGCCGGGCAUCUACUGAGCGCCAGGCCGCCGGAGGAGGCCCGCAGCCCCGCGGACUCACAGACCAGAGAAAUGUAGAGACAUAUAACGGAAACAGCGGGACAGACGGACAGUCCGCUUUCUGUUGGAAUAAGAGAAUCACUGUUUGCCUUACUGAGCUCAUUACUUCACACAUGUCUCUACUGACGGAUGUAAAUGAGAAUAACUUAAUUUGUUCUUUAUUUAGUUCUGUUUUAUUUUCUAUGUUCCUCCAAAAACCUUUGCACUUUGCCCCCCUCCUGCAGGUUACAGUCAGGUCUCUACACAUCACAUUUUUUUGUAUCUCGGAGGUGAAAAGUCAAUUUUACAAUUUGUAGAGUGAUAAAGCAGAAAAGAGAGCGUGGAAAUCGAGUUUGAACGCUCUGACAAUAAACUGAAUGGAGCUGCCCUCAUUCAUUAUGUAUUCUGCCCCCCUGCCCCCCCACUCACACUGAAC